AUGCCCUGCCUCAAUGAUGCUUCAUUCGAACCAGGCGUGCGCGGCUGCCGUGACGACUUCGACUUCACCAUUGUCUUCGAACAAUCCAUCUUUUCCAUUGGCCCGGCGGUGUUGUUCUUAUUAGCUGCUGCUCUGCGGAUAUGGUCCAUUUCACGGCUCGAGAAGAUUGUGCACGCAGUAGCCCUGAGCAGCUUGAAGCUUGCGACCAUUGCACUUUUGGCCUGCUCAAAUUUAUCACUACUGGUCCUUGUCGCGAUAGGUCCCACCAUGGCCCCAGAUGUCUCGAUUGCAUCCGCUGUGCUACACCUGGUUGUGGCGCUAUGCAUGCUCGCACUUUCGCAUCUCGAGCAUGAACGGUCAGCGAGGCCGUCGAUCCUUCUGAGCGUGUACCUCUUCAUCACGUCGCUCCUGGACGUCGCCCAGACCCGCACCCUCUACCUAUCUGCGCACUCAAGGAUCGAGACUGCGGUAGCCGGCGUUUUCACCUUGUCUCUGGCACUGAAGGUGAUCAUAUUGCUUCUGGAGGCUCAGAGGAAGACCAAAUGGGUACGAUGGGAUACUGCAGUGCCGCACAGUCCGGAAGAAACCAGCGGGAUCUACUCUAUCGGGAUGUAUUCCUGGCUAAACCAUCUUUUCUUCAUUGGGUACCGAACGCCACUGGACAUGCAAUCUCUGUAUGCCCUGGACCAGACCAUGACCUCCGAGGAUCUCUACGGUCGUUUCAAGGAGCACGCAGACUUCUCCAAGGUCAAAGGGCAAUAUCUGGGCCUGGUCAGAGCAACCGUCCGUACUUUAUGGUGGCAGCUGCUACUUCCCGUCUUUCCGAGAGCUGCACUCACUGGCUUCAAUCUGUGCCAACCAUUUCUGCUCAACUCUGUUUUGAAGAUACUAUCGAAUCCUGUCGGGCCGGGCACUGCUAACCAAAAAUAUGGUCUGAUUGGUGCAAGUGUUUUCAUUUAUGCUGGAUUCGCGAUCUCGACCGCUUUCUACUGGUACUUCCAUUGGCGACUGCUCCAGAUGACUCGAGGUAUACUGGUCACGGCACUCUAUGAUAAAGCAACCAAGGCCCGACAUGGUUCAGAAGGCGGGAACGAUGCUGUGACUUUAAUGAGUGUCGACAUGGAACGCAUCGUCCUCGGCUUCACUAGAAUGCAUGGUGCCGCUUUUGUGGCUGCCAUCCUAGUCGCACUUACGGCUUUUACUAUCAUUUAUGUCCUUACGCAAUACACUGCAAGAGCACAAAAGGCAUGGAUGGAAGAGGUUCAGCGGCGUGUCGGCCUUACUGCAACUAUGAUCGCCAAGAUGAAGAACAUCCGUAUCGCAGGCCUGACUAGCCCGGUAUUCGAAGCCAUCCAAAAAGCAAGAGUCCACGAAUUGAAGCGCAGUAGUCGCGUCCGCACGCUCGCGAUCAUAGCAACGACCAUAUCCUUCACGACAUACACCAUCUCUCCGGUCCUCACGUUUGCCCUGAGCGGACGGUAUCUUGAUAGCAAUAGAGUCUACACUUCUCUAGCAUUUCUCAUGGUUAUGGCAACUUCCUCUUACAUGGCCUUGAGGAGUGCACCGCAACUUGCCAAUGCUUUCAUCUGCAUGGCCCGCAUCCAGGCUUAUCUUGAGUCUGACGAACGGGAAGACUACCGGAUCAUGAUAUCUGACCGUACAGCGCAGACUCAGCACUCUGAAGAUGAGAAGGGUAUGGCUCGGCAUUCUCUUCCCGCCUUCGUGAUCAAGGAUGGAGCUUUUGGAUGGCAGGAAGGACAACCAGUACUACAUGACAUCAACUUGAGCCUUCCGAAACGUGGACUCACGAUCGUUGCUGGGCCGGUAGCAUGCGGCAAGUCUACACUCUGUCAGGCUCUACUCGGUGAGAUCCCUUACCAUAGUGGCGAGGUUGCCAUGCACUUGACAUCCGCUCGGAUAGGCUAUUGCGAGCAGUCUCCGUUCCUGUCCAAUUGUACCGUUCGGGAGAACAUAAUCAGCCAUUCGCCAUUCUUCCCAGAUAGGUAUGCUGAGGUUGUGAACGCCACAUUGCUGGAAUUUGACUUUGAGAUACUUCCACUUGGCGACGAUACCGUUGUUGGAAGUAACGGAAUUGUCCUCUCAGGCGGCCAGAAACAGCGAAUUGCACUGGCUCGAGCUCUGUACCUACAAACAGACACGCUGGUCCUCGACGAUGUCUUUAGCGGGCUUGAUGCGGAUACUGAAGAGCAAGUCUUCCGUCGUGUGUUCGGUCCGCAUGGUAUUGUCCGCAGGCAACGCAAGACGGCUAUACUUUGCACACACUCCACUCGACACUUACCUUUUGCGGACCACUUCAUCAUCUUGGGCGAGUCCGGACGUAUCGUCGAGCAAGGCGAGUUCCGGGUUCUACAAAAGAAUUCCCCUUAUCUCACUGGAAUCGAGCCCCGUGUCAACGGCAGCGAGACUUCUUCUGAGGAUAUUGACUUCAAAAAUGAUAAGAGCUAUGCCUCAUCAGAGCAGGCAAUAGAGCCCGCAAGCCAAGUCGUCAAGGUGGAGCAGGAAACCAUCAAAAGGUCUGAAGCCAAGGCUGCUGUGCCUCUAGCUCACAACAAGGAGAGCACAUGGUCCGUCUACAAAUAUUACAUUAAGAGCAUAGGUAUGACUCUGGUCUUGUGCCAGCUGCUCGCCGCGGUAUUACAUGGACUCCUGUACAACUUCCCGACAGUCUGGCUCCAGUAUUGGACUGGCGACACCUAUUCAGCUCAUCCAAAGCACAUCACCGGUUACUAUCUUGGUAUCUAUGGCCUGCUCGAGGUCGGAUGUUUGCUCUCAUUAUUGCUUCUUGGCUACUUGAUAUGGGUCAUCACCAUCCGCAAGGCUGGAGCCAAUCUGCAUCAGGACGCUCUGACUACGCUUACACAUGCGCCCUUGAGCUAUCUCACAAAGACAGACCAAGGCUUGCUCACCAACUUGUUCUCACAAGAUAUGAACCUGCUUGACACCGAGCUUGCGAAUGCGCUGCUCAAUACCUUGAUGAAUGCCAGCUUAGCCAUCGGACAAGCGGCAGUCAUUGUCGCGGCAACGCCGUACAUUGCUGUGGGCUAUCCUCUGCUCGUACUCGUGCUAUGGCUCAUACAGAAAGUGUACCUCCGAACAUCCCGUCGACUGAGAAUGCUUAGUCUCGAAUCUAAGAGUCCUCUAUAG